CUCCGGAGUUCGGACUGUUCGGAGCACUUCAGAGUUCAGAAUAAUCAGAAUUACGCGUGGACCGCGUGGCUGUCGAACAGGUCUCCGGCCUCAUCCGUGUGACCGCUGUCGACGUCAUUUGUUGUGAUGCCCAUCGCGCUACGAUGUCCCUCCUCAUACAGCUCGGUUGCGUGCUAUUUGGUGCGUUUUUUCUGGUCCUAGUCGCGCCGCUGGCCGACGGUUUCUCUUACGAGAAUCUGCCUGCGGUCGCGAUGGACUACAAGGUGCAUAUCGACGCCGGCAAGGAGGAUUGUUACUUCCAAUAUGUAAAUCCAGGCGCGACAUUCUACGUCAGCUUCCAGGUAUUGCGUGGUGGAGACGGAAAAGCAGGUUUUGCAGUAAGAAAUCCAGAGGGGGUUAUAGUUUAUCCUUAUCAAUGGCGUGCAAACGCAGACUAUCAGGAUCAGUCGUUGAACGGUGGUUAUUAUAGCGUAUGCAUUGAUAAUCAGUUUUCAAGAUUUGCUGCAAAAUUAGUCAAUCUAUACAUCACAGUGAUUAGGUAUGAUAAAUGGCAAAAAUAUACGCAGGAAUUAGAAGAACUGAAUCUUUCCGUUGAGAACUUUACGAAUACAAUUGUGAAUGUGGAGAAAAAUAUUAACGAAAUGCUCCAUACUCAACACUGGAGCAGAAGCAGAGAGGCGAGAGAUUUAAAUCUGCUGAUGGACAAUAAUUCUUAUGUACAGACGUGGUCAAUCGCGCAAGUGGUUGUCAUUACGUUGACGACUAUGGUCCAAGUGUAUUUCGUUAGAAAGUUGUUCGACGUGAAACCAUCUGGACAUUCCAAGACACGCAUUUAAUACUAAUGUAUUGCAGCCAAUUUGCUCCAUAAAAGUACCGUUCAAUACAUGUUGUGAUAAGCUCAUUGCAUCAAUUAAUUAGUAUCAGUUUCUAAAUAAUGGCAUAAAUUAUAACGCAUAAGUGACUCGAUUGAUGCGUUUUUAUAAUUGCUAUUUUGCAUGUUUUAUUGGUUGAUUAUAUGCCUGUACGUUAUUUUUAUGCCAUGUGUAAAUUUAUAUGCUGAUUCUUCAGAGACUGUCUGAAUGUUGAAAAUAUGUGAUGAGAUACAAGCUGAGAUUAGCCUUAAUAAAUGAAUACAUAGGUUAUAUUCAUAAUUCAUUUUUACUUCAAGAUCAUCUUAAGUAAUAUUUUAAGAUGCUAUGAUCUGUGAUCCGUUUAUAAUAGCUUAAAACUACUUAAGGCGAUCUUAAAUAUAAAAUCGGGCUAUAAAUACCAGCUAUAAACUUCUAAUUACGAAAAUAUAACGGAUUCACAUUGACAAGAUUUACUUUCUAUAAUCAAAGUUAGUAUAUUAUUUACGUCAGUUAACCACAUUGUUUUUGAUAAUUUUUAUAAAGAGUUCUAUUUCAGAGAAUAUUUCCUUUUUAUUAUCUGUUAAUAGUAAAAAUCUAAUAAUAUAUAUAAGUUGAGAGCAUCUUUAUUACAGAAGACUGUUUUGCAAUUUACAUUUGUAAAAUAUGACAUGUUCAAUGUUCGCUGACUGAUUUUUAUUCAUCUUCGUUUAUAACUUUUUAAUUUCAGACAUUCUCAUAGACCAAGUCAGAGAUAUUUAAAAAUAAAGAAAUAUAUGAAAUAAUGUUUAUAUUGUAUUUGUAUAAAAAUAAUAAAUGACGCAUACUUUUGUUACAACA